AUGGCUACAGUUCAAGUAUCAAAUCAACCAAAUUCAGAACUUAAAUUACCAGGAAAAGUUAUAACUCCACCUGCUAUAAAAGAUGACUCAUCAAAGCAAUUAUUAGCUGGGGAACAUACAUUACCUGCAAGUUGGUGGCAUUCAGAAAAUAUUUUUAAUUUAGAAAAAAGAGCUAUAUUUCAUAAAUCUUGGUUAUAUUGUAUUCACAAUUCAAGAUUCACAAAACCUGGUGAUUAUUUUUCAUUUAAUGUUACAGGUAUAAAUUUUUUUAUUAUUAAGUCAAAGAAUACUGGCGAAUUAAAAGCUUUCCAUAAUGUUUGUCGUCAUAGAGCUUAUCCAGUUGUUAAAAAGGCAUCAGGUACAAGUACAGUUUUAACUUGUCAAUACCAUGGAUGGAGUUAUAAUUCAGAAGGUAAGUUGAGUAAGGCUCCCCAUUUUGAAGAAGUUAAAGACUUUGUUAAAGAAGAAAAUUCAUUAUUUCCAAUCCCAAUUCACGUGACUCCUCAAGGUUUAAUUUUUGUGAAUUUUUGUAACAGCCCGCUACCAUUUGAAGAUUUUUUUACAGGUUUAACUGAAGAAUUACAUGAAAUAGACUUCCAAGAUUAUGAAUAUCAUAUGUCAUAUGAACUUCAUGGUGACUUCAAUUGGAAGACGUUAAUUGAUGGGUACAAUGAGUGCUAUCACUGCCCUAUUCUGCAUAGGAAAUUGAGUGCUGCUUUCAACAUGGAGACUUAUAAGGUGGUUCCAAAGACUAGAUAUUGUCGUCAUUAUGCUGCGGUUGUUAAAGAGGAAGAACCUGCUGAGGAAUUACAAAAUGAAGAGAAAUCAGGUUGGUUUGGCUUUGGUAAAAAGGAAAAGUCGUUACCAGAGCAAAGACAAAAAGCAAGUAACACAGCUGGUACAAGUGAUGGAUUGUGGUGCUAUUUAUACCCUUCAAAUGGAGUUAAUUGCUACUCCCCUGCAUGGUAUUCAAUCAGAGUGCUUCCUCAUUCUGCAAAGAAAACUACCUUACAAUAUGACAUAUAUACAAAAAAAGGUAUCGAUGAAGCUCAAAAGAAAGAAUUCGUUGAUUUUUUACAAUUAGUUGAAAUAGAGGACUUUGAUUUAUGUCAAUUAACUCAAAAAAAUCUUAAUGAAGGUAUAUACUCAUCAGGUUAUUUACAUCCUCAAAAGGAAAAUGGAGUUUUGUUCUAUCAGAAAUUAGUUCGCGAUAUGGUCAAAGAACAUUUUGAAAUGGAACAAGCUAAUGGUGGAUUACCUAUUGACCCUGCUUCUAUUCAAGCUAAUCCCAAAAAUAAAGAGAUUUUAGAGUUGGAAAAGAUUUGUCAAACUUUAGAUUGUUCAAGUGGUAAUGGUGAUAGUAAAAUGGAUUGGUAA